AUGAGACCCUAUUCCCCAGACAAUUCCAUAAAGGUCAAAAUUGAAAGGCUAUUCCUACUUGCAAAUUGCAACUCAGCCGGAUCGAAAUUCAAUUGUAUUGAAGAGAGAUCAAACCGAAGUCGAAAUGGAGGUAAAGAGACGAGCUGUGAAAGAACUAGUAACAAAAUUAGGUUCCGUCUCCGAACAAAUUCGAGUUGAAGCCCUCUCCGAGCUCCGGUUGAUCUCGAAAAAUGAUCCCGACAGCCGGCCCAUCAUUGCCGAUGCUGAUUCUGCCGCCAUCUCCUAUAUAGCCGAGGCCCUUUACUCCCCAGCGCAGGUCAUUCAAGAAAACGCCGCCGCCACUCUCCACAACCUAUCCAUUUCGUCUAAGGAUCAGCUGAUGUCCACUCGCGGCGUCCUCGAUGCGCUAUCGCACGCUCUCCUCAACCCCUCCUGUCCCUUCGCUGCCCAGUGCGCUGCUGGUACGCUCUAUAGCUUGUUGAUGGUUGAGUCCUACCGUUCGAUUAUUGGGCACAAGAGGGAUAUUCUGUUUGGGCUGGUGGAGAUGAUUAGAAGACCCGAUUCUGCUUCUCGGAGCAUAAAGGAUGGGUUGAAAGCGUUGUUUGGAAUUGCACUUUAUCCGCUGAAUCGGGCUGGGUUGAUUGGGCUUGGAGUUGUGCCAGCUCUGUUUUCUUUGGUGUGUAAGGAUGGUAGAGUUGGCGUUGUUGAGGAUGCGACGGCUGUGAUCGCACAGAUUGCAGGGUGUGAGGAGAGUUGGGAGGCAUUUAGGAAUGUUUCUGGGGUGAGGGUUUUAAUUGAUUUGCUGGACAGUUCCACGGGAUCGAGUAUUAGGACUAAGGAAAAUGCAGUUUCUGCGAUGUUGAAAUUGGUGCAAUGUGGUGGAGAGGAGAUUGCUAAAACCAUUCGUGAAAUGGGAUUUGAUGUUUUUGAUGGGAUUGUUGAUGUAGUGGAGAAUGGUACUGAUAAGGGGAAGGUUAAAGGGAUCACACUGUUGAAAGUACUUGAUGCUAAGAGCGUUGGAUCGUUGUUGGAUAAAGAAUUUGAAUCUUUGAUGAGCAAUUCAGCGUCAUAACUUAUUAGUGAGUGUGUUUUAUGCUAUUUUAGAUGAAUUAGUAUCACUGCUGCUAUAUGAUACUGCCUAAAUUACUUGUUGUCAUUGUGCUCGAAUGCUUUUGUAUAGUGUAGGAGAAUUAAGUUAUGAUGUGUAUAGAAGGAUUAUCUUUUUGUUUAUAAUUUUUCAAUUGAAUA